AUGUUAGACCCCACCAACUGGCUAGACCUUCUCAAAUCCAACCUACAAACUUUGGCUAACAACAAAAAUUAUGGUCGAUUUGCGGAGAAACUCAUACCAAUAUCAGCUACGAACAAAGUAGUCAAAAUGGAAUUGACAGUAGAUGAAGAAGAAAUAAAUGGAAAAGGCACGUUAUAUGGAGGACAAACGGCUUCUUUGGUCGAUUUAUGCACAGCGAUGGCAAUGAUACAGACUGUCAGAGAUACUCCAUUAGUAUCUGUGGAGCUUUCUUGCAGGUGGGUUAACAUGUGAUUAUAUGUAACUGAUAUUGAUAUAAGCCUAAAUUUGUAUUUUUUAGGCUUAUAUUUUGAUUUUUAAGCCUAAAUUGUAGAAACGUAUAUUAUAUUAUACAUGAGUUUUACUGUAUUUUCAAGUCAAAACUUAUGUUUAGAAGUUACUUUUCAGUUACUUAUCUCCAGCCUUUGUUGGUGACAAACUCUCAAUAGAAGCCACGAUCCUUCGAAGCGGUCGAAACAUGGUGUUUGCUGAAGUUGUCUUCUACAAACAAGAUGGCUCAAUUGUAGCUAAAGGAAAACACACUUGUGCUAGGCUAAAUCAUUUACGCACAGAAGGAAAAAUUGUUGUACAAUAA